CAGCCGGCUAAUUGUUGAACUUGUUAAAAUUGUUUAAUAAUGUUUUAAUAAGUUGCGGGACCAAGUGAACCACACUACCGCAAUGUUUUCUAUGUCCAAACAGACGCAUGCCGCCACGGCGCUGGAGUUCUCGAUAGCGUGCCGCUUCUUCAACAACCUGGAGGAGAACCUUGUGGUGGCGGGAGCUAAUGUGCUGAAGGUGUACCGCGUAGCGCCCAACGUGGAGGCGGGCCAGCGGCAGAAGCUGAAUCCGAGUGAAAUGCGUCUGGCGCCCAAGAUGCGGCUGGAGUGCCUGGCCACGUACUCGCUGUACGGUAACGUGAUGUCCCUGCAGUGUGUCUCACUGGCGGGCGCCAUGCGGGACGCUCUGCUCAUUAGUUUCAAGGAUGCUAAGCUAUCGGUGCUGCAGCAUGAUCCGGAUACGUUUGCCUUGAAGACUCUCUCCCUGCAUUACUUUGAGGAGGAGGACAUACGUGGCGGCUGGACGGGUCGGUAUUUUGUGCCAGUUGUGCGUGUGGAUCCGGAUGCCAGGUGUGCCGUAAUGCUCGUCUACGGCAAGCGGCUCGUUGUGUUACCCUUUCGCAAGGACAACAGUCUGGACGAGAUCGAACUGGCAGAUGUGAAGCCCAUCAAGAAGGCACCCACGGCCUUGGUUAGCAGGACGCCUAUAAUGGCAUCCUAUCUGAUAGCGCUACGUGAUUUGGACGAGAAAAUCGACAAUGUGCUGGAUAUACAGUUUCUGCACGGUUACUAUGAGCCCACGCUGCUGAUACUCUACGAGCCGGUGCGCACCUGCGCGGGCAGGAUCAAGGUGCGCUCGGAUACCUGCGUUCUGGUAGCCAUUUCCCUGAACAUUCAGCAGCGAGUUCAUCCCAUUAUUUGGACGGUCAACAGUCUGCCCUUCGACUGUCUACAGGUUUAUCCCAUUCAAAAGCCCAUUGGUGGCUGCUUGGUGAUGACUGUGAAUGCCGUGAUCUAUCUUAACCAAAGCGUUCCACCUUACGGCGUCAGCCUAAACAGUUCGGCAGAUAAUAGCACCAGCUUUCCACUAAAACCACAGGAUGGAGUACGCAUCAGUUUGGAUUGUGCCAACUUUGCCUUUAUCGAUGUGGACAAGCUGGUGAUCUCGCUACGCACAGGCGAUCUCUACGUUCUCACACUCUGCGUGGACUCGAUGAGAACAGUGAGGAACUUCCAUUUCCAUAAAGCUGCCGCCAGCGUCCUCACCAGCUGCAUCUGCGUCUUGCACUCGGAAUACAUCUUUUUGGGCUCACGGUUGGGUAAUUCCUUGCUGUUACACUUUACGGAGGAGGAUCAGAGCACAGUGAUAACGUUGGACGAUGUGGAGCAACAGGCGGAGCAGCAGCAGCAGCAACGUCAGCAGGACGAAGGACAGGAUGUAGAGGAGAUCAUGGAUGUGGAUGAAUUGGAAACGGUUCCCCCACAAGCAAAGUCGCGGCGGAUAGAGGAUGAGGAACUGGAGGUGUACGGUUCUGGAGCCAAGGCUUCGGUUCUCCAGCUGCGAAAAUUCGUGUUCGAGGUAUGCGACAGUCUCAUCAACGUGGCACCCAUCAACUACAUGUGUGCUGGCGAAAGAGUGGAAUUUGAAGAGGAUGGAAUCACGCUGCGGCCACAUGCCGAAUCUCUACACGAUUUGAAGAUUGAACUGGUUGCCGCCACGGGCCACAGCAAGAAUGGAGCACUGUCUGUGUUUGUGAAUUGCAUUAAUCCGCAGAUCAUUACCAGCUUUGAGUUGGAUGGCUGCCUAGAUGUGUGGACUGUGUUUGAUGAUGCCACCAAGAAGACUUCCAGACAUGAUCAACAUGAUUUUAUGCUUCUUUCGCAAAGGAAUUCCACAUUGGUGCUUCAAACAGGCCAGGAAAUCAAUGAGAUCGAGAAUACUGGUUUCACGGUGAAUCAGCCAACGAUUUACGUGGGCAAUCUUGGUCAGCAAAGGUUCAUUGUUCAGGUCACCACUCGUCAUGUCAGAUUACUGCAGGGAACUCGCCUGAUUCAGAACGUUCCCAUUGAUGUCGGCUCGCCUGUGGUGCAGGUAUCCAUAGCGGAUCCCUAUGUUUGCCUGCGUGUGCUCAAUGGCCAAGUUAUAACGCUGGCGCUGCGAGAAACUCGUGGAACUCCCCGGUUGGCCAUCAACAAACACACCAUCAGCAGCUCCCCCGCCGUGGUAGCCAUUUCCGCAUACAAGGAUCUAUCGGGAUUGUUUACCGUCAAAGCGGACGAUAUCAAUCUUACAGGAAGUUCGAACAGUGGAUUUGGCAACAGUUUUGGCGGCUACAUGAAGGCGGAACCCAAUAUGAAGGUGGAGGAUGAGGAGGAUCUGUUGUACGGCGAUGCUGGAAAUGCCUUCAAGAUGAACAGUAUGGCAGACUUGGCGAAGCAGUCCAAGCAAAAGAACUCCGACUGGUGGCGUCGACUUCUGGUGCAGGCGAAGCCCAGCUAUUGGUUGGUGGUGGCCCGACAGAGUGGCACUUUGGAGAUCUACUCCAUGCCGGACAUGAAGCUGGUGUAUCUGGUUAAUGAUGUGGGCAACGGAGCAAUGGUUCUCACGGACGCCAUGGAGUUUGUGCCAAUCUCGUUGACCACGCAGGAGAACUCCAAGGCGGGCAUUGUCCAAGCCUGUAUGCCGCAGCAUGCCAACUCCCCACUGCCGCUGGAACUUAGCAUCAAUGGCUUGGGUUUGAAUGGAGAGAGACCGUUGCUGCUAGUGAGGACUCGAGUGGAGCUGCUUAUCUAUCAGGUGUUCAAGUACCCCAAGGGACAUCUCAAGAUCCGGUUCCGAAAGCUGGAACAACUAAAUCUGCUGGACCAGCAGCCCUCGCACAUUGAGUUGGAUGAGAACGAUGAGCGCGAGGAGAUGGAGUCCUAUCAAAUGCAACCGAAAUACGUCCAAAAAUUGCGUCCAUUCGCCAAUGUAGGAGGACUGUCUGGCAUCAUGGUGUGUGGAGUGAAUCCCUGCUUUGUUUUCCUCAUCCCGGGGGAACUUCGCAUCCAUCGGCUGCUGGGAAAUGGUGAUGUACGCAGCUUCGCGGCCUUCAACAAUGUGAAUAUUCCGAACGGAUUCCUGUACUUUGACACCACCUAUGAGCUGAAGAUCUCUGUGUUGCCCAGUUACCUGAGCUAUGACUCUGCCUGGCCAGUGAGAAAGGUUCCGCUAAGGUGUACGCCCAGGCAAUUGGUCUAUCAUCGCGAGAAUCGUGUCUACUGCCUGAUCACCCAAACGGAGGAACCGAUGACCAAGUACUAUCGGUUUAAUGGCGAAGAUAAGGAGUUGUCCGAGGAGAGUCGUGGCGAGCGGUUCAUCUACCCCAUUGGAUCACAAUUUGAGAUGGUGCUAAUCUCACCCGAAACCUGGGAAAUUGUUCCAGAUGCAUCUAUUAAAUUUGAGCCCUGGGAGCAUGUGACAGCCUUCAAGAUUGUCAAGCUGUCGUACGAGGGCACGAGGUCGGGUCUCAAGGAGUAUCUAUGCAUAGGAACCAACUUUAACUAUAGCGAGGAUAUCACCAGCAGAGGAAAUAUCCACAUCUAUGACAUCAUUGAGGUGGUUCCCGAACCCGGCAAACCCAUGACAAAAUUCAAGCUGAAGGAAGUCUUCAAGAAGGAGCAAAAGGGACCGGUUUCCGCCAUCUCAGACGUGCUGGGUUUCCUGGUCACUGGCCUUGGCCAGAAGAUCUACAUCUGGCAGUUGCGUGACGGAGAUCUCAUUGGCGUGGCCUUCAUCGACACGAAUAUCUAUGUGCAUCAGAUCAUCACGGUUAAGUCAUUGAUUUUUAUUGCGGAUGUCUACAAAUCCAUUAGCUUGCUGCGCUUCCAGGAGGAAUAUCGAACAUUAUCACUUGCCUCGCGCGACUUCAAUCCCCUGGAAGUCUAUGGCAUUGAAUUUAUGGUGGAUAACUCCAAUCUGGGCUUCCUGGUGACCGAUGCAGAGGGAAACCUGAUUGUGUACAUGUACCAACCGGAGGCCAGGGAAUCGCUGGGUGGACAGAAGCUUCUGCGGAAGGCAGACUAUCAUAUGGGUCAAGUGGUGAACACCAUGUUCCGAGUGCAGUGUCAUCAGAAAGGCCUGCAUCAACGCCAACCCUUCCUGUACGAAAACAAACACUUUGUGAUCUAUGGAACUCUGGAUGGAGCUCUGGGAUAUUGCCUGCCGCUGCCGGAGAAAGUGUACAGGCGAUUCCUUAUGCUGCAAAACGUUCUGCUCUCCUACCAGGAGCAUCUGUGUGGCCUCAAUCCAAAGGAAUAUCGCACUAUAAAGACCGUCAAGAAGCAGGGCAUCAAUCCGUCACGCUGCGUCAUCGACGGCGAUCUUAUAUGGUCAUAUCGAUUACUGUCCAACUCGGAACGAAAUGAGGUGGCCAAGAAGAUUGGCACGCGAACGGAGGAGAUCUUGGGUGAUCUGCUGGAGAUUGAACGACUAUCUGGCGUUUUCUAGACUUCCGUGGGUCAAAGAUGUAAAGUCUUAGUUGAUAAUUUUAAUUGUAAUUUAUGUUACGCGAGUUUCUCAGUUGUAAUUCUAGUUCUUUUUGUAAUUCUAUCGAAGCAACAACAAAGUAUUUUGUUAAGGAAA